AUGUCUAACGUCCUCUCCCUCCUAGGCUGGGCCUUCUUGCCCAAUCUAGCCACCGGCUGGGUGCAGUCAAUCUACUACGGCAUCGUCAUCCGUGCCGGAGACCCCAAGCCGCAGCCCGGUUCCGCAAAGUACGCGAUGCACCGUCGUCGAAUCCACAUCCUCGUCGUCUCCUUCUACCUCCUCUACACCCUCGUCGAGGCCGACCGCACCCUCCGCGUGCAGGGCACCUUCUACACCGACCUCGACGUCGCCGCAACCGCCCCGGUGCGCAUUAUCAAGUCUCGCUUCCGUCGCCUCGCCGCUGUCUACCACCCGGAUAAGGCGGGCAUCGGCGGGGACACGAGCGCCGCCGCUGCGCGUUUCAUGCACCUCAAGACCGCCUCCGAGACGCUCUCGGACCCGGCCCGCCGCUUCGCCUACGAGCGCUUUGGCCCCGAGGUCGGCGCCUGGCAGAACUGCAAGACCGUCCACGACUACGUCUCACGCGGCAUAUUCCAGGGGACGAUCCCGUACUACGGCCUCGCGGCCGCCGCCACCUACGGGCUGGGCCUGCUGGGGUAUCUCGACUGGGGACGGUACUGGCGCUGGGUCAUCCUCGUCACCUUCUUCGUCGCGGAGCUCAUCGUCGUCACGCGUCCCGAAAUGCCGCCCUUCCUCGCCGUCUUCAACACGGCACUCAGCACGGCCCUGCGCCGCCCGCCGUACCUGCAGUUCCAGCUCGUGUCUCUGGCUCGCCAGGCGGCCGUCACGAUAUACAUCGCCUUCGGCCAGAUCGGGCCGCUCAUCAAUCCGCAGGGCCAGGCGGCGCACAAGGCGGCCGAGAGCUCGGCCGCCGCCGUCGACGAGGGUCUGCAGCGGCUCGAGGCGAUCACGCGCGGCCUCGACAGCGAAACGAGCAGGCUGCUGGAGAUGGAAAUGACCCCGUUCGCCGGCGAUAAGGAGGCGCUGAGUAGUGUCCGCUCCAAGGUCAAGGACUGGCUCGUGCAGAACACCAUCCGGGCGGAUCCGAUGGUCAGAGAUGCCAUCGGCAAGUCAUUCCAGAAGCGGAGGGUCGAUGCGCCUGCGGGUGCCAAGGGCAACAGAUAG